UAAGAAAUACGCUAUUGGAGUUUGCAGCACCUGAGUCACUUUACAGGCACCAUGGUAACCGGCCGACCCUCCCGCCGCCUGAGCGCGUGUCGCGCAUCAUCCGGGUCACGCAUCAUCCGGGUCACCGUUGCCAUUGGCACGCAGGCGCAGGCCGAGGCGGGGACGCAUGGCCGUGCGUGCGGGACGUCCGGUGAGCCGGCCCCGCCCUCCACUGCGGAGGUCAGGCCUCAGCAGGUUGCAGGAAAGAAGCGCCGGCGCCGAAGCGCCCCGGCCACCCGUACCCGCCCUCGGCACUGUCGUCUCUAGCUUCGCUUCUUGUCCUUUCCGCGCCUCCUCUGCUGCCUUCGUCAGCGGACCUGGCCCUCUAGAGGGGUCCUGUGGUCUGGGCGGAAACUGCUUGCAGGCUCACCCCGCUGCCGUGACCUCGGGACAGCCUCGCCCUCUCUCUGCCUGACAAACGCCGCCCGCCCCAAGGUCAGGCUCCGCUGUCCCUGCUGCCGGAGGCGCAGCCACGCCUCGCGGCCGGCCACACCCAGUUGUUUCCGCCCCGAGGCGCCUGCUGUGGCCUUCAGUCUGGGCUGCUGGCCUCUGCGUGACAACGCGAUGCCCAGGCUGCGGACCCUGAGGUUGCGAUGGGCACAGGAUUGAGUCCUUGAGCAUCCUCGGAGCCAGACUGCUUAGACUGGUAUCGGGGGCAGGGACGCGGCGAGAUCUUUCUCUGCUGUCUUGAUAAUUGUGAUUGCGUGAAGCUUGCCACUCAGGCCUACUUGGAAGGUUGUUGUCUUGUGCUUGAGCACCGUGAGACAUUGGCGCCGUCGACAGUCAGAGGAAAUGGCUGUGACUCUGUUGGAAGACUGGUGCCGGGGGAUGGAUGUGAACUCCCAGAGAGCUCUAUUAGUUUGGGGGAUCCCAGUGAACUGUGAUGAGGCUGAAAUUGAAGAGACCCUCCAGGCUGGGAUGCCGCAGGUGGCUUAUCGGGUUCUUGGAAGAAUGUUCUGGAGGGAAGAAAAUGCAAAAGCAGCCCUGUUAGAGCUCACAGGCGCUGUCGAUUAUGCUGUGAUCCCCAGGGAGAUGCCAGGCAAAGGAGGGGUGUGGAAGGUGGUCUUUAAGCCCCCCACUUCCGAUACUGAGUUUUUAGAAAGGUUGCACCUCUUCCUUGCUAGAGAAGGGUGGACUGUGCAAGAUGUUGCCCGUGUUCUUGGGUUUCAAAACCCUGCUCCUGCCCGAGGCCCAGAGAUGUCAGCAGAGAUGCUCAACUAUAUUUUGGAUAAUGUUAUUCAGCCUCUUGUUGAGUCUAUUUGGUACAAGAAGCUGACGCUGUUCUCCGGGAGGGACAUCCUGGGGCCUGGGGAGGAAACCUUUGAGCCUUGGAUGGAGCACACUAACGAGGUCAUGCAGGAGUGGCAGGUGUCUGAUGCGGAAAAAAGACGCCGGUUGAUGGAGAGUCUGAGAGGCCCAGCCUUGGAUGUCAUUCGCAUCCUGAAAACCAGCAACCCAGCCAUAACCUCUGGCGAAUGCCUGAAGGCUCUUGAACAGGUGUUUGGGAGUAUUGAGAGCUCCAGGGACGCGCAGGUCAGAUUUCUAAACACUUACCAGAGUCCAGGAGAAAAGUUAUCAGCUUACGUGAUUCGUCUGGAGCCUCUGCUGCAGAGAGUGGUGGAGAAGGGAGCCAUCGAUAAAGAUAACAUAAACCAGGCCCGCCUGGAGCAGGUCAUUGCAGGGGCCACCCACAGUGGGGCCAUACGGAGGCAGCUGUGGCUGACAGGGGCUGCAGAAGGGCCAGCCCCUAACCUCUUUCAGUUGUUGGUGCAAAUCCGAGAGGAGGAGGCCAAAGAGGAGGAGGAAGAGGCUGAGGCUGCUCUCUUACAGUUAGGCCUUGAGGGGCACUUCUGAGACCCAGGAGAAGGGACUUCAGUGCAGACUUAGCUCACAGCUGCUUUUGUUGUCCCUGUGUGGUCUUGAAGGAGUGCCUCUGAGUAGUAAAGACAUCCUUGCUCUGCUUUUUUGUUAGGUUUGCGGGCAGGGUGACUGGGGAAGCACAUAUUUACUUGGAAAGUUGUGCACGCAAGCCCUAGGAGCUCCUGCAGUACAAAUGGAACAGGAAGGCAGAAAUACCGGGAAAAGGCUUGGACACGAUGUUGGGUGCAAGCUGUUUCGUCAUCGUCAGUGGGGAAAAUGUGAAUCUGACAAGUCCCAUCAUGAUGAUUCAGUGUGAAAUUGCAUGUCACAUGUUUAGUGCAGGGCCUUCCGCACAGGAAAUGUUCAAUAAAAAUGUGAAUUGUUUAUAUUUGUUAUUAAUGAUGUGAAUAGUUUGUUACUGUAAAUUGCCCUGAUUUAUAUUACUGCGAAGAAAUACGAAGUUAUUAAAUUACCUUUAGAAUGUAAAUUUCUUAUUUCUCAUCUUUAGCAUCUGGGUCAGUUUAAUUGGAAAGUAUUCUGAGACUUCAAAAUAAGGUAUAUAAAAAUAUUGCAAGUAUAGGGGUGUGUAAAUCAGUUUUCCACUGUGUAAGAUACAAAUAUCAGUCAAAUGGAGAGGUUCAUAUGAACUAGUUCCCCCACUUCAAAUCUUAAUAAUUGUUCAUGCUGAUCUGUGUUCUGAAUUCAAAGUUACUAAGUAGAUGUAUACAAAUAAAAAUAAAUUUAAAAUUAA